AUGGCCGCCGCCUCCAUCUUCUCCCUGAUGACCGGCGCCUCCCUCCCCUCCCCUCCAGACGGCUGGCGCCUCCAUCCCCGACCCUCCAUCCCCUCCUCGACGGCUAGGGCCUCCCUCCCCUCCCCGACGGCUCCGACCCUCGCUCCCCUCCUCGACGGCCGCCGCCUCCCUCCUCUCCCCGACGGCCGCCUGCCUCCCUCCUCUCCCCAACGGCCGUCGCCUCCAUCACCGGGGCCGGGGCGCGUCGACCACAACUACCGCCGGCGCAGUGGACAUGUUCGCCAGGGAUAUCUCAGCUACUGCCGGCGAAGCUGUGUAGUGCGCCGGUGGUAUGCUGCUAUCACCGGCCUGUUCCUACCGACGGGCUCUAGUGCGCCGGCGGACUACCAGCCUGGCCGACCACCUCCGACGAAGAAGAAGGCCGCCUCAUCCAUCGAACCCGAGGUUGCUGCCCCGGGCGUCCUCGAACCACGGGAGAAACCCAAGGUCACCACCCCGCACCGACGAGAAGCGGAGGGGAUGGCGCAAACCGUCCCACCACCAGCCACCACCGGUGUGCCACCGAUGGGAGGCAGGGGAGGCCGCAACACUCUGGCCACCGCCGCCCCUUCUUCCUCCGACCGCCGCCGCCCCACCAUCACACGGGAUGGAGGAGGUCUACCGCCGCCGCCGUCGAGGGGAUGA